AUGUUUGGAACUAACAUUCUUGGCCAGAACAACAAGGACGAAGACUAUGUUAUGUCCGAAAACAGGACUGACACUAGCGAUGAUCAGAAUAGCGAGAUGACCUGGAUCGAGUGGUACUGCAGCUUAAAGGGUAAUCAGUACUACAUCCAGGUAGAUGAGUCGUUUAUUAGAGACGAAUUUAACCUCGUGGGUAUGUGCAUACAAAUUUAUAAGUUUUCAGGACUCCAGUACCAAGUUUCAUACUACAAUACUGCACUUCAGCUAAUUUUGGACAAUUACGAGAAUGACUUUUAUGACGAUGACGACUACGAAAGCCUCUCUGAAAAGGGAAAACAACAUCAGAUAAAUACCUCAGCACAACUGCUCUAUGGGCUAAUACACAGCAGAUUUAUAAUGACUUCAAAGGGUAUGCAUCUCAUGAUGCAAAAAUAUAAGGAUAAGGUUUUUGGAUUCUGCCCUAAUUUCAGUUGCGAAAACGCCUCAGUUCUACCAAUAGGACUGGUUGACGCUCCAGCACACCACACGGCUAAGAUUUUUUGCCCUUCAUGCAAUGAGACCUAUCACCCACCCAAGUCAAGUAGAUUGGGACUAAUAGACGGAGCUUAUUAUGGAACUACGUUUGCACAUUUAUUUUUAAUGGUUAAUGAGUCUGUUAUACCGAGAGGACCUUCAUACUACUACGUUCCGAAGAUUUAUGGAUACCGAAUAAGUCCAUACGUUAAAAAAAAUUCAAAGUACAGUUAA